CGCAGACGCCCCGCACCGGCGCAGCUGCAGCCCAAAGCGUCGCCUGGAGCUCUAGACGGGAGGAAAAGAGCCCAGGUGUAUAGCCGAGGGCCUGAAGUGGGGCCCCGAGCCGCGGGACAGCCACGGCAGCAGCAGUUUCGGGGGGACUCAGCUUCCGCAGGAGGCCCAGCCUGGGCUAACGGUUGGAUCUGGUCACUUGAACUCAAGAGUUUAGUGAGCCCCAUGAUGCUGCCUGAAAAUGCCAGCUCCACCUCCUGACCACAGACCACAGCCUUGUUCCUACUUUGGGGCUGGACCGUUGGUGAGGGUACCUCCGUCAUCCGCAGACCUUGCCAGGGAGCUGCCGUCCUGCUGCCGCCAUGGCGCCAGGGACUGGACGCUGGGGCUGCCUGGUGUUGGAGGUGGCCGCUGCCCUGACCCAGCUCACGAGGACCCCUGGUUGCUGUGGAUCCCGGAUUAUCGGGGGCCAUGAAGUGACGCCACAUUCCCGGCCCUACAUGGUCUCUGUGAGCUUCGAGGGCCGUCACCACUGCGGAGGCUUUCUGCUCCACGUCCGCUGGGUGGUGUCAGCUGCCCACUGCUUCAGAGACAGGGACCUGUCCACUGGCCUGGUGGUGCUCGGGGCCCAUGCACUGCUCAAAGCGGAGCCCACACGACAGGUUUUUAGCAUUGCAGCUCUUGUCCAGCAUCCCAGUUACCAGCCAGCCACACAGGCCAACGACAUCUGCCUGCUAAGGCUGAACGGCUCGGCCGUCCUCGGCCCUGCUGUCCGCCUACUGCGCUUGCCACGGAGAGGGGCCAGGCCACCCUUGGCGGGGACGCGGUGCCGUGUGUCUGGCUGGGGCUUCACGUCUGACUUUGAGGAGCCUCCACCGGCGCUGAUGGAGGCCGAGGUGCGCGUGCUGGACCUGAGUGCUUGCAACCGCUCCUGGCAGGGCCAGCUGAGUCCUGCCGUGCUCUGCACCCGCAGCGGGGACCGCCGGUGGCGUGGCUUCUGCUCGGCAGACUCUGGGGGGCCCUUGGUCUGUGGGAGCCGGGCCCACGGCCUUGUCUCCUUCUCAGGCCUCUGGUGUGGUGACCCCAAGACCCCGGAUGUCUACACCCAAGUGUCGGCUUUUGUGGCCUGGAUCUGGGACGUGGUUCGGAGAAGUUCCUCCCCUUGCUCUAUGGGAUGCUCUAUGGGGGAUGUUUGAAUCUCAGCCCCCUACUGGGGCCGAGAUGGAUGGCAACCUGCGUCCAUUGGCUAGGAUCUGGAAUAUUCCACGGCUUGGCUGGAGACGGCGGAGCACCUGGCAUCCAUACAAAAUGAAGAGCUGUACUGAAGGCUAUCAAGACACAGGGCU